CGCGGGCCCGGGCGCCGCGCCGCUGCGGCUGCGGGCGGCGACGGCUGCACCAUGGGCCGGCUGCUGCGGGCCGCCCGGCUGCCGCCGCUGCUGCUGCCGCCGCUGCUGCUGCUGCUGGCCGGGGGAGUGUCCCUGGGUGCGUGUGCAGCUGGGACCGAUGAGCCUGGCCCCGAGGGCCUCACCUCCACCUCCCUGCUGGACCUCCUGCUGCCCACGGGCCUGGAGCCGCUGGACGCCGAGGAGCCCAGUGAGUCCAUGGGCCUGGGAGCUGGCCUGGGCGCCCCUGGCUCCGGCUUCCCCAGUGAGGAGAGCGAGGAGUCCCGGAUCCUGCAGCCGCCGCAGUACUUCUGGGAGGAGGAGGCGCUCAACGACUCCAGCCUGGACCUGGGACCCGCCGCAGACUACGUCUUCCCAGACUUGAGCGAGAAGUCGGGUCCCCUGGAAGACGCCGAGCAGGCUCAGGAGCUCCCAAACCUCCCCUCGCCCUUGCCUAAAAUGAAUCUGGUGGAGCCUCCCUGGCACGUGCCCCUGGAGGAGGAGGAGGAAGAGGAGGAGGAGGAGGAGGAGCAGGAGGAGGAGGAGCAGGAGGAGCGGGAGAAGGAGGAGGUGGAGAAGGAGGAGGAGGAGGAGGAGGAGCUGCCUGUGAGCGGCUCCCAGGAAGAGGCCACCACGCAGGCUGGCGACUUUCCUCCCAGCAGCAGCAGCCAGAGUCCAGGGCCCAGCAGACACAGGCCCGAGGACUCUGGGGACCAGGCGUCUUCAGGCGUGGAGGCCGAGAGCAGUGCCGAGCCCAGCCCGUCCCCGCCGUCUGUCACCCCCAGCACCGUGACCCUGGGGGAUCGGGACUUGCCCAGCCAGGAGGCGGGGGCCACCAUGCUACCAGCUGCCGGACUCGGGGUGGAGUUUGAGGUCCCUCCAGAACCCAGCCAAGAGGCCACUGUAGGAGCCCCCGGGCUGGCGACCAGGCCAGGGGACCUGCCAUCCCUGGCUGCAUCCCCUCCCACCGGAGCCCCAGGCGGGGGGCGCCUUGACCCCAGGACCUCAGCCUCGUUCCCACCCGCCUCCCAAGACGCGGAGCCAACCUCUCCCUCUGCCACCCUGGGGCACGACGUUCCCAGCCAGCAGCCGCAGGAGGGCCCGGUGGCCGCCGCUCCCUCCAGGACCCCCUGGGAUUCCACACAGGUCAUCUGCAAGGACUGGAGCAACCUGGCCGGGAAGAACUACAUCAUUCUGAACAUGACCGAGAACAUAGACUGUGAGGUGUUCCGGCGGCACCGAGGGCUCCAGCUCCUGGCCCUGGUGGAGGAGGUGCUACCCCGCCACCGCAGCGGCCGCCACGGGGACUGGCACAUCUCCCUGAGCAAGCCCAGCGAGAAGGAGCAGCACCUUCUGAUGGCGCUGGUGGGCGAGCAGGGGGUGGUGCCCACUCAAGAUGUCCUUUCCAUGCUGGGUGACAUCCGCAGGAGUCUGGAGGAGAUCGGCAUUCAGAACUACUCCACCACGAGCAGCUGCCAGGCGCGGGCCACCCAGGUGCGCAGUGACUACGGGACGCUCUUUGUGGUGCUGGUGAUCAUCGGCGUCAUCUGCUUCAUCAUCAUCGUGCUUGGCCUGCUCUACAACUGCUGGCAGCGCCGGCUGCCCAAGCUCAAGCACGUGUCGCAUGGCGAGGAGCUGCGCUUCGUCGAGAACGGCUGCCACGACAACCCCACGCUGGACGUGGCCAGCGACAGCCAGUCGGAGAUGCAGGAGAAGCAGCCGAGCCUGAACGGCGGCGGGGCCAUCAACGGCCCGGGGAGCUGGAGCGCGCUCAUGGGGGGCAAGCGGGACCCGGAGGACUCGGACGUGUUCGAGGAGGACACGCACCUGUGAGCGCGGGCCAGGCUCAGGCCGAGCGGGCCUGCGAUCCGGGUCGGGGCCUCGCGCCCGCCGGGGCCGCGCGGGGAUCGAGCAGCGCGGCCCCGAAGCAGACAGCCGCGGAGCCCGCACGCGCCCGCGCCCCCUACCCCGGCGCGAUCCCGCGGCCAGGCCCUCGGCGCGCGGCACCCCCCGCUUCCCCCGACUUCACACAGCGACCUCGGCACAGCUCCCCCACUCCCGGCCCCGCGAACCCCGGGCCCGCGGGCGGCGGGCGGCGCUCUGUGCGCUCCGCCAGGGACUUCAUUAAACCCGCCCGGAGACGGCCGGGCCGCCAGUCCGCCUGCUCGCCUGGUUCUUACUUCCG